UAAAAAUAGUCAAGAUGUUCUUGAAUACAUCAACAAUGGAGGAAGACAACCUUGAAACCAAUCUACCCAAAUGUCAAGGAUCAGGAAGACAUAAUUACAUAUUUAUUGCAAUUCCAAUAGUUUAUAGCAUAAUAUUUGUUAUAGGAAUCUUUGGAAACAGUCUAGUUGUAAUUGUCAUUUAUUGCUACAUGAAAAUGAAGACGGUGGCCAGUGUCUUUUUAUUGAAUUUGGCAUUGGCUGAUUUGUGUUUUGUGAUCACAUUACCUCUAUGGGCAGCCUACACAGCUAUGCAUUACCACUGGCCAUUUGGCAAUCUAUUGUGCAAAUUUGCUUCAGCUGCAAUCACUUUAAACCUAUACACAAGUGUAUUCUUACUUACAUGCCUCAGUAUUGAUCGAUAUAUAGCCAUUGUCCAUCCAAUGAAAUCACGUGUUUGUCGCACAAUGAUGUUUGCCAGGCUAACAUGUGUUGGUAUAUGGCUCCUUGCAUUUGUGGCCAGCAUACCGAAUAUAAUCUAUCGCGAAAUAAUCUAUUUGGAAGAAGUAAACACAACAGUCUGCGGUUAUAAUUAUGUCAACAGCACUCUACUGGUCAGCAUGGGUUUAACAAAGAGUAUUGCUGGUUUCUUCCUUCCAUUUUUGAUCAUGUUAACUUGCUACACACUUAUUGGGAUGACACUGAAAAAAGCAUUAAAAGUUAAAAAAGGAAGGGGCAGGAAUGAUGAAAUUUUUAAGAUGAUUGUGGCCAUAGUGCUGGUUUUCUUCUUUUGUUGGAUUCCUCAUCAAAUUUUUAACAUUUUGGAUGUCUUGAAUCAGCUGAAAGUAAUUAAAAGCUGUCAAGCGAUUGAUAUAUUAGACACAGGUAUGCCCAUCACUAUCUGUAUUGCUUACUUCAACAGUUGCUUAAACCCUUUCCUUUAUGGCUUCUUUGGAAAAAAUUUCAGGAAACAUUUUCUUCAACUUUUAAAAUAUAUACCACCAAAACUAAGGACACAUGAAAGUAUCAACACAAAAAUGAGCACUCUGUCUUAUCGUCCAUCUGAGAAAAAUAGUUCUGCCAAAUGUAUUUUAAAAGGAUGUGAUAAUGAAGGACGUGUUGAGCAACAGGAACAAUGUAAAUAGACUUCAGAGACAAUUGUAUUGUACAAAAGAUGCAGCACCCUUAAAUUAAAUAAAGAAUUAGAUAUUGUUUUCAUACUAAAGCUUAAAGGGACAUAAUACUCAUAUGCUAAAUCACUUGAAACUGAUGCAGUAUAACUGUAAAA